AUGGCUCUUCUUGAGGAUGGGAACCACACUUCAGUGACAGAGUUCAUUUUAUUGGGCUUAACAGAUGACCCAGUUCUUAGAGUCAUCCUCUUCACCAUCAUUCUGUGCAUCUACCUGGUGACUGUGUCUGGGAACCUCAGCACCAUCCUUCUCAUCAGAGUCUCUUCCCAGCUCCAUCACCCCAUGUACUUUUUUCUCAGCCACUUGGCUUCUGCUGACAUAGGCUUCUCAUCCUCUGUCACACCCAAUAUGCUUGUCAACUUCCUUGUGGAAAAUAAUCCCAUUACAACCCUAGGGUGUGGCAUCCAGCUUGGCUCAGGUGCUUUCUUUGGGACAGUUGAUUGCUUUGUUCUAGCUGUCAUGGCCUAUGAUCGCUUUGUGGCCAUUUGUAGCCCACUGCUUUAUUCAACCAAGAUGUCCACACAAGUCUGCAUCCAGUUGCUUGUAGUAGCAUAUGUUUGCAGUUUUCUUAAUGCUUCUUCCUUCACCCUUUCAUUCUUUUCUUUUUACUUCUGUGGACCAAAUAGAAUCAAUCACUUUUUCUGUGACUUUGCUCCUUUAGUUGAGCUCUCCUGUUCUGAUGACAGUGUCUUUAUUGUACUUGUCACUAUUUCUGGUGGCACUGUCAUUGUGAUUACAGUACUUAUUAUUGCUGUCUCCUACAUAUACAUCCUCAUCACCAUCCUGAAGAUGCAUUCCACUGAGGGCCGCCACAAGGCCUUCUCCACCUGCACCUCCCACCUCACUGCCAUCACUCUGUUCUAUGGAACUGUCACAUUCAUCUACCUGAUGCCCAAAUCUAGCUACUCUAUAGACCAGAACAAGAUAGUCUCUGUGUUCUAUAUAGUAGUAAUCCCCAUGUUGAAUCCACUUAUCUACAGCCUCAGAAAUAAUGAAAUUAAGGAUGUUCUUAAGAGAUAUAUAGGCAGAAAAACAUGUUCUUAA